UCUUAAAACGAUAUUUACUUAUGGAUUAGAGAGUUUAAUUUUUAUCUUAAGAGAACUGAGCUGAUUAAGAGAAUAUAGAAAAAAAAAAGUGGGUUUAUAUUAUUUUUAUGUUUUUUAUUUAUUUAUAUAAUUUCCCCUCACAUUAUGAAAGGGUAAACUGGUUCACAUUCCAAUACAGUAGGUGGCGAUAAUGCACCUAAUUUGGUGCUACCCGCUAUGAUACCGAAGAAGAAGAAGGACUCUUAUUUUGGUCUGGUGGUGCGACGUCAUAAGGCUGCGCCGCGCCUCUGCGCUUAUGCGUUUGUUGUGGUUCGGCUGAAGAAAGGACAAAGGAAAACUCUUGGUGAAGCAACUGAAAUCCAUGUGACACUAUUGUAAAGAUGGAGUUUAUUAAAGAGGAGGUUAAAGAGUUGAAGAUUGAAGAAUUCGUAGUCAAACAUGAAGAUACUGAGGAGCAAAUAAAGGUGGCAUUUAUUAAAGAGGAGAGUGAAGACGUGAAGAUUGAAGAAACAUUUAGAGUCAAACAUGAAGAUACUGAGACACAAACAGACCUGAUGAAGCUGAAAGAGGAGAGUCAAGAACCAAAGGAAAUUGAAGUGACAAUUCAGACUGACAAAGAUCAGGAUUUCAUAAUUGGGGGGAAAUAUUUUAGUUGCUCAAAGACAAAAAAGACACCAUUUAAAGCAAAAACUAGACGCCAUUUAAUCUGCCAGCAGUGUGGAACAGGCUUCACUCAAAGAGGAAACCUUAAUGUUCACAUGAGAAUUCACAAUGGAGAGAAGCCUUUCACUUGCCAACAGUGUGGAAUAAGUUUCACUCAAAGAGGAAACCUGAAUGUCCACAUGCGGAUUCACACCGGAGGGGAAUCUUUCACCUGUAAUCACUGUGGAAAGAGCUUCAUACGAAAAGGAACUCUUAAGACUCACAUGAGAAGUCACUCUGGAGAGAAGCCAUUUAAAUGUGAUCAGUGUAGAAAGAGUUUUCGAUAUGAAGACGACCUCAAUAAACACAGGAGGAUUCACUUCAGAAAGAACGGUUUUAAAUGUCAUCAGUGUGGACGGAGUUUCACAGACAGCAGUCACCUUAAGAAUCAUGUAACAACUCACUUCGGAGAGAAGCGUUUCAUGUGUCUUCAUUGUGGAAAGGAUUGCAAAAACAACGCGAACCUCGAGGUUCACGUAAGAAUUCACACUGGAGAGAAACCUUUUGUCUGCCCUCAGUGUGGAAGGAGUUUCUCAUUUAGAGGAAACCUAAAGAUUCACAUAAGAGUUCACACUGGAGAGAAACCUUAUUCCUGUCCGCAGUGUCCAAAACAUUUUGUGUAUAAAAGAGACCUGAAACGUCAUUUGCAAACAAUGGUCUGUGCAUCGCAAGAAGUUUAGCAGAAGGAGCAAUUUAAAAAAAAACUUGUGUAUUCUCUCUGGAGGUGUGAAGGGUAUUCAAUUAACUCUUGCCUUUGGGACUGACAAAUCAAAUUUAAUUUAACAAAUAUUUCAUUGAAAAGGGUUCCACACAGAAAGUACUAAUUUCAAAGAAAGAUGGGUGUUUUUCUGAUAAAUCUGUCAAGAUGUUGGGAUAUACUCAUUAAUGCUGGGCACUAUACGGUGUGUAUAUAUGGGCAUGUUUUUGUGACAUAUCAGGACACAACUCUGUAUAAUGACAUGGGUAUGACACAGGUAUUACAAGGAGAGGGUGACUUAUGAGGAC